AUGAUGGACCUGUUUGAGACCAACGCUUAUUUUUUCAAUGAUUUGCGUUAUCUUGAGGGGGACCAUGGGACCUUGGAUAUGCCAGGAGUGUCCCCAUUGUACGAGGGGAAUGACAGUCCUCUGUCCCCAGGUCAGGAUCCUGUCCCGUCGGAAACGGGGUGCGAGAGCAGCGGAGAGGAGCACGUCCUCGCUCCACCGGGGCUCCAGGCGCACUGCGAGGGUCAGUGCCUCAUGUGGGCUUGCAAGAUCUGUAAACGGAAAUCUGCUCCUACUGACCGGCGAAAGGCCGCCACUUUGAGAGAACGAAGGCGGCUCAAAAAGAUCAACGAAGCUUUUGACGCGCUAAAGAAAAAGACGGUGCCUAAUCCGAACCAGAGGCUGCCCAAAGUGGAGAUUUUACGCAGUGCGAUAAACUACAUUGAGAAACUGCAGGACCUCUUGCAUUCGCUGGAUGAGCAGGAGCAGAGCAAUGACACUGACCCUUACACAUACAACCUGAAGGAAAACCAUGUGACUCCCAGUGAGUAUCAUUGGAAAAAGACCUGCCAGAGCUGGCAGGAGAACCCAGAUCAUUCCAGCUCCCAGAUGGCAGGUCAUAGAGAAGGAGCCGUGUUGGAGUCUUCAGAGUCCAGCAGUCUUCGUCGCCUCUCCUCCAUUGUGGACAGCAUUUCCACUGAAGAGCCCAAAGCCCGCUGUCCCAGCCAGAUCUCAGAGAAGUGA